AAUAAGAAGCAGUCAGUCUGUCUAAUAGUUGCAAAAGGGAAAGAUGCGCCUUUACAAAACGAAAAGUUUCAGUAGUGAAGUUCUUCUAUUCCUUUUGAUAUUCUACAUCCAUCGUAUUUGUGAAGGUAGAAUUUCGGAUUCACUCAAAAUAACGUUGCCUCAUGGAGGAGGAAUUAUUGGACGAUAUUUGAGAUCCUUUCGGGGACAUGGAAUUCGCGCCUUUAUGGGAAUUCCAUAUGCUGAACCACCAGUUGGAAAUUUGAGGUUCAGCAAUCCGGUUCCCAAAAGUCCCUGGAGUGGCUAUUUAGAGACUGUAUCCAAUGAAGUAAUGUGUCCUCAAUUUGAUACCAUGAGACACAACGCACAUGUUGGAAAAGAGGACUGUUUGUAUUUAAACGUCUAUGUUCCUCAAUUUCCAAACAGAACCGACCUUUUACCAGUGAUGAUUUUUUUCCACGGCGGAGCUUUUAAGCACGGCUCAUCGUUUUAUUAUUCUCCUGAUUUUUUAUUGGAUCACGAUGUCAUAUUGCUUGUGGGAAACUAUCGCUUAGGUGCUCUAGGCUUCUUAUCUACAAACACGAGUGACAGUCCCGGGAACUUUGGCUUGAAAGAUCAAGUAGAAAUACUUAAAUGGGUUCAAGAGAAUAUUGGUGUUUUUGGUGGAAAUCGAGAUCAAGUGACGAUUUUUGGAGAAAGUGCUGGAUCGGCUUCAGUGACAUAUCUGAUGUCAUAUCCUGCAUCCAAAGGAUUAUUUCAUAAAGCCAUUGCCCAGAGUGGAACACUAUAUGCACCAUGGGCUUUUGCAAAUACGAGUGAAUCUCUUGCGGUAACUUUGCGACUAGCACAUGGCUUGAGGUGUGAAAGAGGCCGUCAUCACAAUUGGAGUAGAUUAGUUGAAUGUUUACGACACAAAACAGUUGAAAAUAUUUUAGAGGUGUCUUCAACAUUGUCCAAAUGGAUGGGAAUGCCCUUAGUAGUAUUUCCACCAUCUGUGGAGAAGGAUCGCGAAGGAGCCUUCUUAACACAACAUUCUGAGAGUUUACGAGAGAAUCAUGGCUCAAAGAUUCCUCUAUUAAUUGGAUUAACAAGUGAUGAGGGUGCUUUCGUAUCAGCGCCUAUUUUAGGUAAACCGCGAAUUGUGCAGGAACUACAUGAAAGAUGGGAUCAAAUCCUUUCACAUUUACUUUUCUAUGAUACUUUUAACAAUACAAAAAAGGAGGAAAUUACAGCAGCAAUAAAUGAUUUCUAUUUUGAGGGUAAAAAGGGAAGGUCAGCGAUUGAAAUGAGACAAAAUUUUACAAAUCUUUUUACAGAUUUUAUCAUUCUCAAAGGACUGAAUAAGUUUCUAGAGAGGCGAUUCCAAGAAGGUAUAGAAUCCGCCGAUACAUUUGUCUACCUUUUUUCCCAUCGUGGCGAAGGAAGCUACAGUGAUGUAAUAGCAGGACCUGAUAGUAUGGAUUAUGGUGUUUCCCAUGGUGAUGAUCUCAUCUAUUUAUUUCCUCUGUUGGAUAAACCCGUCUUUAGGGCUGCCCCAAGUAAAGAGGAUAUUUUCAUGCAGGAAACAUUGGUGAAAUUGUGGGUGAAUUUCGCUACUUCAGGAAAUCCAACCCCUGUGGAGAAUGUGGACAUCAAUUGGAUGCCAGCCCACAAAUUUCCUCUCGAUUACUUGCGAAUAGGCAAUUACAAGAAUCCAAAUCAAACAGUAUUCAACAUGGAGAGAAAUUUGUGGCAAGAAAGGGGUGAAUUUGUAGAGGGUAUCUAUUGAAAUAGAUAAAUCAAAUAAAUGUUAAUGUGAAUUGGUAUUGUGGCCGCAAUCAAAAUAGAGUAUCUAAACUUUAAAUCACUUUGUACCCCAACGAUUAUCCAAAUACGCUCAGUUUAAGAUUGAAAAUUGCAUUCAAUGGACCGCAUACAAAUUUAUGUUCAAAGUUCAUGUUAAAAGUCAUUGAGACGAAAAUCAUUGUUUAAAUGAUUUUACUAUAAUUUGUUAGUCUAAAUACAAAGCUUUCCUUUAAGUAUCAA